AUGCGCAAGAGUUGGUUAACCUUCGACGUUCGCGGGAGCUGUCGCACACCGGGUUGCACGGGUGGGAGAGUUAUCGGGAAAUAUCGUCCCACGUAUCUCAAAAAGUGGCGUCGUGGUGGUCUCCGACUCUCCGUCAGGAAUAGCCAGUGUUCAUUUCUUGUUUGGGAACAGUGGCAGGAUCUUGCAUCUCAAACUCUAAUGAUACUCCGGUGA